UGGUGGGAUCAAAAAUUUGAAAGUGCUCCGGGUUGAUUUCAACUUUCUGGUUUCCGUACCUGUAGAGUUGAGGCAAUGCGUUGGACUGGUGGAGCUAUCAUUGGAACACAACAAACUCAUUAGGCCUCUUCUCGACUUCAGCUUUCUGACAGGGCUAUGGCUGAGUUGCGUGUUCUAAGACUAUUUGCUAACCCUCUCGAAUUUCUUCCUGAAAUCUUGCCAUUGCACAAUUUACGCCAUCUUUCUCUUGCAAAUAUCAGAGUUGUGGCAGAUGAAAACUUGAGAUCUGUGGAUGUUCAAAUAGAGAUGGAAAAUAACUCUUAUUUUGGUGCAUCUAGACAUAAGCUUAGUGCCUUCUUCUCCCUUAUUUUCCGUUUUUCUUCCUGUCACCACCCUUUGCUAGCAUCUGCCCUAGCAAAAAUCAUGCAAGAUGAAGGAAAUCGUGCAGUUAUUAGUAAAGAUGAGAAUGCAAUUCAUCAGCUUAUAAGUAUGAUAAGCAGUGAGAACCGUCAUGUGGUCGUACAAGCAUGCUUUGCUCUUUCUUCUCUUGCUGCAGAUGUUUCCAUCGCAAUGCAGUUGAUGAAAGCAGACAUAAUGCAACCCAUUAAAACUGUCUUAAAAUCUGUUUCACAGGAUGAAGUAAUUUCUGUAUUGCACGUUGUGGCUAAGUUGGCUUUCACAUCUGAUACUGUAGCUCAGAAAAUGUUGACUAAGGAGCUUUUGAAAUCCCUGAAAUUGUUAUGUGCCCAAAAAAAUCCAGAGGUGCAAAGGUCAGCUUUAUUGACAGUUGGAAACUUGGCAUUUUGCUUAGACAAUCGUCGCAUUCUAGUUACUUCUGAAAAGUUGCGUGAACUACUCUUACGCUUGACAGUUGCACCUAACCCACGCGUGAAUAAAGCUGCAGCUCGUGCUUUAGCAAUCCUUGGGGAGAAUGAAAAUUUACGACGUGCCAUGAAAGGGAGACAAGUAGCAAAGCAAGGACUGCGAAUACUCUCAAUGGAUGGUGGUGGCAUGAAAGGUUUGGCAACAGUUCAAAUACUUAAAGAAAUUGAGAAGGGAACUGGAAGGCGGAUACAUGAAUUGUUUGAUCUUAUAUGUGGCACAUCGACUGGAGGCAUGCUAGCUGUUGCCCUAGGAAUUAAGCAGAUGACUUUGGAUCAAUGUGAAGAAAUAUAUAAAAAUCUUGGAAAGCUCGUCUUUGCUGAGCCUACACCAAAGGACAGUGAAGCUGCUUCCUGGAGAGAAAAGCUGGAUCAACUUUACAAAAGUUCUUCGCAAAGUUUCAGAGUUGUUGUCCAUGGAUCUAAACAUAGCGCUGAUCAAUUUGAGAGGCUAUUAAAGGAAAUGUGUGCAGAUGAGGAUGGAGACCUAUUAAUAGAAUCUGCAGUUAAAAACCCCCCAAAAGUAUUUGUUGUGUCAACCUUGGUGAGCAUGGUACCAGCUCAACCUUUCUUAUUCCGCAAUUAUCAGUAUCCUGUUGGAACACCAGAGGUACCUCUGGCAAUUUCAGACAGUUCAGGAAUUACUGUGUUUGGAUCACCUUUGGCCAGUGCACAAGAUGGCUAUAAGCGCAGUGCUUUCAUUGGAAGUUGCAAGCACCAAGUAUGGAAAGCUAUAAGAGCAUCGUCUGCUGCUCCUUACUAUCUUGAUGAUUUUUCAGAUGACGUAAAUCGCUGGCAAGAUGGAGCCAUUGUGGCAAAUAAUCCUACUAUCUUUGCCAUAAGAGAAGCACAACUUCUAUGGCCUGACACAAGAAUUGACUGCUUAGUUUCCAUUGGCUGUGGAUCUACUCCAAUGAAGGUGAGGAAAGGUGGAUGGCGUUAUUUGGACACUGGACAAGUGCUUAUUGAGAGUGCAUGCUCUGUGGACCGCGUGGAGGAGGCCUUGAGUACGUUGUUACCCAUGCUGCCUGAAAUACAUUACUUCCGGUUUAACCCAGUGGAUGAACGAUGUGAUAUGGAACUGGACGAGACUGAUCCAGCAGUCUGGAUAAAGUUGGAAGCCGCAGUUGAGGAGUAUAUCCAAAGUAAUAAUCUGGCCUUUAAGAAUGCCUGUGAAAGAUUAAUCUUGCCUUAUCAACAUGAUGAGAAGUGGUCGGAAAACUUCAAUUCACUUCAUUUCUCCAGGGUCAUGGCAUCAUCGGCAGAUGAGAAUAGCCCUUCUUUGGGUUGGAGACGGAACGUACUACUGAUUGAAGCUUCCCAUAGUCCUGAUGCUGGAAAAGUUAUGCAUCAUGCUCGUGAACUUGAAGCAUUUUGUUCCAAAAAUGGAAUUCGAAUAUCCCUUAUGCAAGGAACAUCUGGGGCUUUGAAGACCGUUCCUUCAUCAACAUUCCCAACACCUUUUACGUCACCCUUGUUUACUGGAAGCUUUCCGUCAAGCCCACUUCUAUAUAGUCCGGAUAUUGGACCACAAAGGCUUGGUCGAAUUGAUAUGGUUCCACCUUUAAGCUUAGAUGGCCAUUUGGGUAAAGGAGCAGCAUUCACCCCAGAGUCUCCUUCAGGACCCAGAGAACUCUCCUUACCUGUACGGGCAUUGCAUGAGAAGUUACAAAACUCACCUCAAGUGGGCAUUGUACAUUUGGCCCUUCAAAAUGACUCAUCGGGCUCAAUAUUAAGUUGGCGAAAUGAUGUUUUUGUAGUUGCAGAACCUGGAGAACUUGCAGAGAAAUUUCUACAAAGUGUUAAGAUCAGUUUGUUGUCAGCCAUGCAUAGUCAUCGUAGAAAGGGUGCAUCAUUGCUUGCCAAUGUCUUGACUGUGUCUGAUCUGGUGGCACUCAAACCCCACUUCCAAAUUGGAGGCAUCGUCCAUCGCUAUUUAGGACGACAAACCCAAGUUAUGGAGGAUAACCAAGAAAUUGGGGCUUACUUGUUUCGUAGAACAGUUCCUUCCUUGUACUUAUCACCUGAUGAUGUUCGUUGGAUGGUUGGUGCUUGGAGGGACAGGAUCAUUUUCUGCACUGGAACUUAUGGGCCGACCCCAGCUUUAAUUAGAGCCUUCUUGGAUUCUGGGGCUAAAGCUGUAAUAUGUUCUUCAAACGAACCCCCCGAAACACAAUCGGCAACAUUCCAGGCAGGGGACUAUGAUACCAUGGAAAAUGGGAAGUUCGAGAUUGGCGAGGAGGAGGGAGAAGAUGAUGGUGCGGAGCUUUCUAGUCCUGUAAGUGACUGGGAAGACAGUGAGGCAGAGAAAAUUGGAAAUUAUUCUUUGGAUGCCUGGGAUGAUGAUGAGGGGGAACUUUCACAGUUUGUUUGCCACUUAUACGACUCGUUAUUCCGAGAGCGUGCUAGUGUAAAUGCUGCUUUACUCCACGCUCUUGCUUCGCAUCGGAAGUUGAGGUAUACAUGUCAUCUCCCUGGUGUCCAAUAGUAUUUUCAUCAACCUCAUUCAUACUAAAAUGAAUGAAAGAGAAUUAUAAUAUAGACGAUAGUCGGCAAGUAGAUGGUUUUUACUGGAGCAUAGAGAAUAUUUAAUAAAAUAAGAGGGAAGAUCCAAUUUUUUAGGCUUUCUUUGUGUUCAUUAUAACUAAUAACUAUUUUUUGAAUGCCAUAGAUAUAAGGCACUCAAAAGGUUCUCUGAUUGUUCUUAUUUGUUCAAUUAUAACUUUGUUUAGGCAAAUUUACAUGUAAAUGGACAAAAAUCCUCUUCUUAUUACUUCCAAAAAGUUAUAUAGGUGAAAGCAUCCACCAUAUGUUUGUUAA